CGUUCCUGUCUCCCUUGUUCAGUUCAACUAUUCUAUGAUGGAUAGCUCAAAACAGGCAUAUCUUGCUGCUAAGUACAUGUCUGGGGCUAAGGCUGAAGCCAUCCUCGCGAAGUACGGCUCAUCCGAUCCACAGAAAAAGAAGAAAAAGAAGAAAGGUUCAGAUCCCUCGACUUCGACGUCUUUGAUAGUGGACGAAGACGCUGGCUGGGGUGGCAAUAUCCCCGACGCCAAUGAUGGAGAUGUGCAGGAAGACAUUGCGAAAGGUGAUGCCAUUAUCGCGUCCGACCGCAGCUUCAAGAAGCGAAAAUCGGUAGGUGGUGCUGGCGGAGGAUGGGAAACAGUGCGCGAGCCGACGCCUCCCCCUGCUCCAGAUGAACAGCCCAUUGUGGUUGAGGAGUCAAGUGUUGUGGCAGGUGGCAUCCUUACCAGUGCCCAACUGACGCAAAUGAAGGGCAAGCCGGUGGACAAGUUGGACAUAUCUGGAGAGCAGCAAGAAACAGUCUAUCGUGAUGCAACGGGGAAGAAAAUUGAUACGAAAGCGGAACGUGCUGCCGCUGCACGAGAGAGACGGGCCCGGGAGGAGAAGGAGGCCCAAAAGAUGGAAUGGGGAAAGGGUCUUGUUCAGAGGGAAGAUAAGGAGCGUGAACGAGUGGAGCUGGAGAAAGAAAAAUCAAGGGAUCUUGCGCGUUAUGUGGAUGACGCAGACCUGAACGCAGCUCAAAGGGAGCAAGUGCGAUGGAAUGACCCAGCAGCGCCAUUUCUCACUAAAAAGAAUUCGAAAGGGCCAAAGAAGCCAGAAUAUACGGGCCCUCCUCCACCUCCAAACCGUUUUGGUAUAAAACCUGGGUAUCGUUGGGAUGGUGUGGAUCGGAGCAACGGUUUCGAGAAGAAAUUAUUUCAACGGGCAAAUGAUCGGAAACGGCGCGGACUAGAGGCGUAUGAAUGGAGUGUGGACGAUAUGUAAUCGUCUGUGUGAUACGCUUCCAUGGCCCUUGUUGUGAUGGUGCGUUGGUUUGACGAUUUAUUUCCAGCCACCUGACGGCGAAUGCUGUCCGGUUGGUAUCGUGGUGCUGCGGCAGCUCGCAAGCUGAUGACCAGCUGGAGAUGGCAACCAAUCUUUUCAGUUUACGGUAAACAAGUAUGUAAGGCCCAAAGAACCCCAAAACAUGUUUCUGAUAGUGAUGGCAUGCCUGCAAUGCCCGUUCCCGCUUGCAAGGUAACAGUUUGUC